ACCUCCCUGUGGGGCGGGGGCAGGAGUAACCCCACUGCAAGAAUCUUGCCCUGCAGAGGAAAUCCCACCUGCUGGGAAGUUUGGGUGUCCUGGAGACCCUUUCAGCCACCUAAUUAUUUCACCUUGCAGGCUGGCCGGCAAGACUAUACUAAUUAACUCCAGGUGAGUCUCCUGUUGCCUGGUGACAAAGUUUCACAGUUGAGGAGGAAGAAUUGAAACUAACAGGAAUCUACCUUUUAGCAGUUUCAUGUGAUGUUUUCCUCAAAGUGAUCACCAACAGUCAGAACAACAGACUUCAAACAUACUGCCUCACUAAAGAACAUGGUCAAGGGUGGGAAGGGUCCCAAGGGCAAGAAGAUCACCCUCAGUGUAGCCAAGAAUUGUAUCAAAGUCACAUUCGAUGGCAGAAGACGCCUUGAUUUGAGCAAGAUGGGAAUUACCACCUUCCCCAAGUGUAUUCUCAGACUCAAUGAUGUAGAUGAGCUCGACCUUAGCCGGAAUAUGAUCAGGAAGAUCCCUGAUUCUAUCUCCAGGUUUCAGAACCUGCGGUGGCUGGACCUGCACAGCAACUACAUCGACAAGCUCCCCGAGUCCAUCGGCCAGAUGACCACUCUGCUUUACCUCAAUGUCAGCAACAACAGGCUGACCACCAGCGGGCUGCCUGUGGAGCUCAACCAGCUCAAGAACAUCCGCACUGUGAACUUAGGCUUGAACCACCUGGAGAGUGUGCCCACCACGCUCGGUGCUCUGAAGGAGCUGCAUGAGGUGGGGCUCCAUGACAACCUGCUCAACACCAUCCCCAACAGCAUCUCCAAACUCCCCAAGCUGAAAAAGCUCAACACAAAGCGAAACCCCUUUCCCAAGGGAGAGGGGCCAGAUGUGUUUGUGGAUUCCAUCAAGAGGCUGGAGAACUUAUACCUAGUGGAGGCAAAGGAUCUGUGUGCAUCUUGCCUGAAAAAAUGCCAACAGGCCCGCGACAAGCUGAACAGGAUCAAGACUGUGCCCAUGAUGACACCAAGAAAGCCCAUCUUUUCCAGCUUCGUCUCACCCAACUCAAUGGCCAAGGAGUCCCAGGAAGAUUGGAGGAUACGCUCAACAUCUCCCUAGAGUAGCUUAUGGCAAAAACUUGAAGACUAAUGAGCUAACAAGAAUAAACAAGUCUGAAGAAGAAAGUCCUCAGUUAGAAGAAAGAGUGGCAAGCAUAACAUUCUGGAAGCCAGGCUCUCCAGUGCUGACCAAGCGACCGACUUGCUUCUUAAAUUCACUUUGUCUCUCUUUGCUUUAGAUCUUUUAUGUGUGAAAAUAAUUUUGGAAAAUAUUUGGUGUGUUUUUUUAACGUAUAUAGAAAAAUACUUAGGAAAAUAAUAGAUGUAAAUUACAAUGAAAGAUUUAAAAGAGGACUUUAAGACAUAAAAGUCUUAUGGUCACUCAAACUGGUAAAAUCUCCACAUAAGAUGCAAUCAUUGGGGGACAUUAAAUGAAGGCUGCAUGGGGACUCUAUGUAUUAUUUUUUGCAAAUUCCUGUGAAUCUGUAAUUAUAUUAAAAUUUAAAAAAAAUUAGAACACUCUUACAACCUAGAUGCAGCAAUAAACAGAUCCUUGUCCAUGUGUGAAGUGCUAGUUUAUGAAUAAUU